UCUCGCCGUACAUAUGCGGUAGCUGCGCUCACGGUCUCAUUAACACUAAGCGGUGCCUACAUGGCAGAUAGCGCACGACCAGGUGUUAAUGCAAAGGUGGAAGCACGCAUAAUUAACGGUCAAGUGGUAACCAUCGAACAAUAUCCCUAUCUAGUCGCAGUUCAAAUAUGGGGAAGCUUUCAGUGUGGCGGCAGUAUUAUAAGCCGGAGAGUUGUCUUGACCGCAGCGCAUUGCCUGGAACGCGAAAAGCAACCACGCAAAUAUAGCAUAAUAUAUGGACAAACAGAUAUUCAGGGCGUAACAAAUAAUAUUCUACAAGUGGAAAGCUUUAUGAUGCAUCCGCAUUAUGAUAAUAUCAAUAUGGAUUACGAUAUUGGUUUACUCUUCCUUGUCGAAAGCAUACCGAUCGGGGUAAGUGCGCAAUGCAUCAAAUUGGCUGUGAAUAAACCGAGGCUUGGCAGUCGAGCCAGUAUUGUGGGUUGGGGCGAAACGCAGACGGGGGCUCGUGGUCGUUUGCAUGCUGUCUUCGUGUAUACUAUAACGCGGCUGCGUUGCCUAAUAUUGUACAAAAACAAAUGGAGAAUAACACCACGUAUGCUGUGCGCUGGCGUACCACAGGGUGGUAAAGACGCUUGCCAGGGCGACUCUGGUGGGCCGUUGGUUGUGGGUGGCGAGCAAGUGGGUAUAUGCUCCAAUGGUUUUGGGUGUGGUCUUAAGAAGUACCCUGGUGUCUAUAGUAAUAUUGCCGCUUUGCGCGGCUGGAUCCAAAAUUAUGUGAAUACGAGUUGCAGCGAUACGAAGGCAAUGUUUUAAACGUGAACAAUUUUGAAUUUGAAUGCUAUACAUA